AUGGUGCCACAAAAAGGCCUGGCGCUAGUGCUGUCGUGUGCAAUGGCUUUGGCUCAGCCGGCGCACGCCCCCGAACAGCCUGUACACGCACAGUCGUCGCUGUUGUAUUCUGCCGGCAGCGCAGAUACCUCUCGACUCAUCCAUCACGCCGAAGUGCUGCAUCAGACACACAAACAUCUGGCCGCUUCCGAGAGCGGCGCCCCUCCUAAAAAGCGCUUGUCCGAGCAGCAUGUUUUGGAGGGAGCAGCCCCUUGGAAGAAAUGGUUGUUUGGAGGCAGUGACUCCUCUUCUGUGUCCGACAACAAGAAUCCCCCCAAGGAACAGCCUCGUCCUGCCCACGCAGAUCUUGACUUUUUGCAGCAAUACGACGAUGAGGUCGUGCUGCGAUUUACAUGGUCGCAGCCCUCAGACAAGGCCCACUUUGCCAAGGCCGUGCAGGGUCUGCUGCUGGACGUCUGGCGAAUGUCGGCCACCGAGGCAGACGUCCGAAUCCAGUCCAGCAGAGUCAAGGAUCUGUACCGGCUGCUGCCCAAGAGCAUGCGCCAGGAUGUGCAGUAUUCUACUCUAAUCCCUGACCUGGCUCGAACCGUCUUCUCCUCUUACCCCGACAAGAGCUCCAACGAUGUUUUCUCCGCCAAAGUUGAGCAGUCGCUCAAGAGCGUGCAGGGCUCUUCCUCUGCCAACAACAUCAAGACUGCCAACAACAUCAAGACUGCCAACAACGACCUCGUGUCCAUCAACGAGGUCUUUUUCCAGGACUACCGGCCUCUAGAGACAAUCUACCAUUGGCUCGAGCUGCUGGAGGUGGCCUACCCCGAGAUCAUCCAACUCAAGGAUAUCGGCCACACGCACGAGGGUCGGCCCAUCCGAACAGUGCACCUACAUGGACCCAAUGCCCGACCCGACCGGUCCAAGCUGCUCGUCACCGGUGCCAUCCAUGCCCGUGAAUGGAUCUCCACCUCCUCGGUGUUGUAUACCAUCUACGAGCUGGCCACCGGCUACGGGAGCAACCGCCAGCUGACCGAGUUCGUUGACAAAUUCGAGUUUAUCUUUGUGCCCGUUGUCAACCCCGACGGAUACGUCUUCUCGUGGGACUCGGACCGUCUGUGGAGAAAGAACAGACAGCCCACCGGUGUGUCUUUCUGUACCGGCCUAGACAUCGACCACUCGUUCGGUUACCAGUGGCACAAGACCCGGGGCACCCCCUGCUCCGAGUCUUACAGCGGACAGGAGCCUCUUGAGGCUCUGGAGGCCAAGUAUUUGACCGAAUUUGUGUCCAACCACACUACCGAGGUUGGCACCUUUCACGGUUUCUUGGAUCUCCACUCCUACUCAGAGGAGAUCUUGUAUCCUUACUCUUACUCGUGUGACCGAGUCCCUCGGGACUUUGAGAAUCUCGUCGAGUUGGCUUACGGUCUAGCAAAGGCCAUUAGAAUCACCUCUGGCAAGAGAUACGUUGUAAUGCCUGCCUGUGAGGAUCGAGACCUGGUUGGCGACACCGAAAACGGCGGUGGAUCGAUGCUGGACUUCCUGUAUUCGAACCACUGUGCCUGGGCAUUCCAGGUUAAGUUGCGGGAUACCGGCAAUUACGGUUUCCUGCUGCCCAAGAAGCAGAUUCUGCCCACGGGCCAGGAAAUGUUCAACUCUCUGCGAUAUUUCUGUGACUUCAUCCUCAACCCUGAAUAA